AUGUCCGAUUUUCAUCAACAGCAGCAUCAUGUCAGCUUUGUCCCGACGGUCAAAGAGGAUGGCUACGAUCGUGACCGGUUUCGAAACUACUAUGCUUCUUUAUCGCAAGACAGUGGCAACAGCUUGACCGAACAACAACAGCAACAAUUACAGCAACAUCGUGCACGAGCAGCAUCAGCGUCAUCGUCGGAAUCCUACCCGUCACCCGAACUCACCGACUCUUUGAAUUCAUUGUAUAUUAAUUAUCCAACAAAACGAUCCAUCGGUGGUCUGUAUGGCACUAACAACGAGAUUAUUGACCAGUCGAAAUCGCAUGAUACCGAAAAGGUCGUUGAAGCAUCGCCCGAACCCGGUCGCUAUUUGCGCCUCAAUACCCUGCUUGGCAAAGGCGCUUAUAAAGUCGUCUACAAGGCCAUUGAUCGUCAAGAAGGCUAUGAAGUGGCAUGGAAUGCCAUGCAGUCGCUCAAUAAUGUCAAAGAACUUGAACACGAGAUCCAAAUCCUCAAAUCCGUUCGUCACCCUAACAUUAUUGCGUUUCACGAAGCAUGGCAUACCGACAACGAAUUUGUGUUUAUCACCGAACUAAUGACAUCCGGCACCCUACGCGAAUACAUUCGAAAACUGAGCUUACCAAAUAUCAAAAUUGUCAAACGUUGGUCACGUCAGAUUCUCAAGGGAUUGGUUUAUCUGCAUGGACACAACCCGCCCAUCAUUCACCGUGAUAUCAAGUGCGAUAACAUUUUCAUCAACGGUGCUUAUGGCGAGGUCAAGAUCGGUGAUAUGGGCACAGCAGAGAUGAAAAUGGGCAAGAAAUAUACGGUUAUUGGCACACCCGAGUUUAUGGCGCCUGAAAUGUACGAGGAGAUGGGGUACAGUGAAAAAGUCGACAUUUAUGCAUUUGGCAUGUGUCUGUUGGAGAUGGCAACCGGUGAAUAUCCUUAUGGCGAAUGCACGAAUCCGGCCCAGAUCUACAAAAAGGUCAUGGCUGGUACAAAACCUGCCUCUUUGGCCAAGGUCCAAAAUGAGGAAGUCCUUACCGUAAUUGAUAAUUGCUUGGGUCCAGAGGAUGAUCGCAUGUCGGCACAGGAGAUUUUGGAACAUACCUUCUUUGCUGUCGAGCCUGAGGUCGUGCUACUUGCAACGGAUGAUAAUAACGUGCAUUUAACUCUGCAAGUCGUAUUCAAAGGUGUCGAUAAGCGAUCCGUUAAGUUUGACUUUAAUGUGGAUACGGAUACUGCAGCUGAAGUAGUUCAUGAAAUGAUUGAAGAAAAUAUUCUGCCUAGACAAUAUCAACAGCAUAUCACUAAGGAAAUGGCGCGUCUAUUACGCGACUUGGACAAGGAGGCAGACAAUGUACACCCGUCUAUAUGGCGUCGCGAAAGCGAAAACUACAGCGAAGAGUUAGAAGAAGUAAAACAUGAGUUACAGCAUGAGGAGGAGAUAGUGCAUGAAAAGGAAGCCGAAUGUGAAGAAUAUGAGAAUCGAUUACGUGUAGCGGACGAGCGGUAUCAAGAGAUUGCUCGUUUAAUGCAAGAUUUGAAAGCAAACGGAACUCCAGAUUCCUCAUCUAUACCUCCAACUGUAACAACGACAACAGUAGAGUAUUCGGACGACACUGAUGUUGUAACAUUUGUACGAGAUCUGGCCUCAGCGACGCACCGAAAUGCCGAAAAAGCUCAAGAGUGGAUAAACAAACUGCACAAUCAGGAUGUUAUGACGGUCGGCGAUCUACGCGAUCUCCAUGAUGAAGAUUGGGCUGGUCUUGGCUUGACUGUAUUUGCGGCUCGAACAAUGAAAAAUAUGUUAAAAGGCAAACAACCUAAUGUCAGUGUAACCCCUCUAUCUCGAUCUAAUACGCUCACACACUCAUGA